AUGAAAAAAAAUAAGGACAACAACAAAUAUUUCAGAACAAUUGGGAUACCCCAUCAACUCGGUAAUAUCAAGAAUGCUCCAGAUUCUAUAUGUAACAAAUCAAUUUUAGAAUAUAAAGAUCAAGUAUUGGCAUUAGAUGCCAGUAUGUUUCUGAAAAGAUUUGUGCAUGGUUAUCGUAAAAUAUUUGAUUCUAACAGUAUUUAUUUUGCAACCACAGAACAGGACUAUCAACCUAUAACAGUACAUCCGCAUCCUCAUAUACUUGGUUUUUAUAACCUUACAAUAUUUUUAAAACAACAUAAUAUUAAACCUAUAUUUGUAUUUGAUGGAAAAUUUAGAAUCAAAGAAAAAAGAAGAGAAAUCAUGAGACGUAGGGAAGUUUACAACAAGGCAAUUGAUAAUCUUAAAUUUGAAAAAAUAAGAGUAAAUCGAUUGGCAAAAUGGAAAGAUGUUCAUGAAAAGAUGAAGAAUUUAAACGAUGUUAAUUCGGAAUAUAUAAAUACUGGAAUACUUGAUGAGAUGUUUAAUGGAUAUGAAUCGGCUGAUAUUCAAUCAUCAUUAUCAGCUCCAACCAUUGAAGAAAUAAGUAAACCUACCAAGAAAUCUGUUGAACUUGAAUCAGAUCAGAUUGUUUUACAAACCGAGACAAUCAAAUCCGAUGAAAUAAAACCCGUCGAGUUAAAAUCAGAUCAAGAGAUUCAUGCAUCCCCUUUACAGGAUGAUAUUCCCAUUCCACCUUUACCAACCUCACAAUCAGAUCUAGCUAAACCAUCACCAAUAAAAACAACAACAGAAUUAUUAUCGUCGCCGCCACCAGCAUCACUAAUAGAAUCUCCAUUGUUAGAAACACCACCAUCAUCACUAGAACUAUCACCACCAACAUUAGAGGCACCGUCGCCAUAUUUAGAUCCAAUAAUAACACCAACAAUAAAUACUAAUAUUUUAGAAAUGAUGUCGAAAAUAGAUAAUGAGAAAACUUUUAAAGAACGACAUCCAGAUUUUGUGCCUUCAUCUGGUGAAAUCCUUUUGAAGGAGAAUGUGGAAGAAAUAGUGAAAUCAACAUUACUGGAUAGUGCACUAUUAACAAAUGAUGAAAGGCUUUAUUCUAGACCUCAACAGAUCAUAGGACAAAUGGAACAAAAAUUAUUGGAUAGUUUUCUUACUGAUGAUAAAAAAAUUAAAGACAAUGUUGAUGAUGAUGAUAACAAUAAUAGUAACAAAUUAUCAUUUAUAGACGAAGUGGAAAAUGUACAUGCUGAAAGUCAUAACAUGGCGGUGACACUUGAAAAUCGAGCAAUGUAUGUUUCAUGGGAAAUGUAUGAAGAUUGUAUUGAAUUUCUAGAGACAUGGGGAUUUCCUUGUAUAGUGACUAAUGACUGUGAAGCAGAGUCAUUAUGUGCUUCAUUAGCGGCAUCGGGAUAUGCAAAUGCAACGGUAUCUGAAGAUAUGGAUACAACAUUGUACGGUGAUGGAAUCUUGCUAAGAAAUCUUUUUAGCAAGUCAAAACCUAUUAUUGAAAUUUCUCCAAAAAAAGCAAGAGAAUCAUUAGGACUUUCUCAAAGUCAAUUUAUAGAUCUUUGCAUUCUAUGUGGCACUGAUUUUUCUAACACCAUACCUGGUAUAGGUCCUGUAAGAGCAUUUGAUUUGAUUAAAGCAUAUGGAUCCAUUGAAAACAUUUUAAAAAAUCUAAUUGAAUCACAGGGUGCACUUGAAGUCACCAUAUCAACUUCAAAAUGGGAAACUUUGUCGACCAAGAAAUCAAAAUCCAAUAAUUCUAAAAAAAAAAAGAAAACAUCAUCAUCAUCAUCAUCAUCACCAACACCAACACCAUCAUCAACAACAAAAAUGACAACAUCACCAUCGAAUAAAAUUAAAACAACUAAAACUAUAACCAAAAAAAUUUCUAUAACAAAAUUAACAAGAGAAUUUUUAUCUACAUCAUCCUUAACAUCUGAUUUUUUGGAGCAGGCCCAAGCUGCAAGACAUGUGUUUCAGAAACCACCUAUUAUUACAGAUAAAUAUCUAAAUAAAUUGAAAUUAUUAGAUAAUUAUGAGAAUGCAUUUAAUAAUAUGGAAAAUAAUGAAAAUUUCAAUCAAUUAUUGGUCAAGUAUCAAGUUUAUCUAGCAGAAGAAUCUACAAUAGGUUAUAAUACACUCUAUACUGAUUACUUCAAUCAAUUUGGUGGUGACGGCACAUAUAACAAUGACGGUUAUAAAGAGUUUAGUUUGGAAAAAGAUAGUAUUACGAUUCCAACAGUAAGUCAAUUAGGACCUGAUCCAUUUUAUACUUUAAAUCCAUUGAUUAUACCUGUGUUGACUAUGUAA